CGGUGGUAUAACGUUUUAAGAAGAAAAAAAAACAAUACCCGCUCUCAUUCCAGUUUUAACCAGAGAGCCAAUUUCUUCGGUGCUAGAUGGCAGAAGAGGUUUUGAUAGAACCUAAUGGGAAAAGUAGAGGGCAUCUUACCUCAUCCCUGUUGGCGGUAGCGUUCCUGUCUUCCUUCGGGAGCUCUUUGCUGUAUGGUUAUAACCUGGCCGUUGUUAAUUCUCCCGCAGAGUACAUAAAGAACUUUUUUAACCAAACCAUUGUCAGUCGGAAUGGGUCAGGAGUGGAUAAAGAGACUCUUACGCUUUUUUAUUCAGUCACUGUGUCCAUAUUUGCCAUCGGAGGUCUGGUGGGCUCUCUCACAGUGGGAAUGCAGGUUACCAGAUUUGGGAGGAGAGGGACACUGGUACACAGCACAGUUCUGGUGUUCAUCGCUGGAGUGCUGAUGGGCUUCAGCCGAUUAUGUGGAUCUCCAGAGAUGAUCAUCAUUGGACGCUUCAUUAUAGGGAUACACUCAGGGAUUUCUCUCAGCGUGGUGCCCAUGUAUCUGGGAGAAAUUGCUCCAAAGAAUCUCCGGGGCUUCUUAGGACUCGUGCCCAGCUUCUUCAUCUGCAUAGGAGUGUUUAUCGCUCAGAUUCUGGGACUUCACGAGAUCUUGGGCAAGGAAGAGCACUGGCCUCUGUUCCUCUCUCUGGUUGUGGUGCCUACAUUUAUACAGCUCAUGCUGUUGCCGUGGUUCCCAGAGAGUCCCAGAUAUCUGUUGAUGGAAAAGAGGAACAUUCACGCCACUAUCACAGCGCUCAAGUGGUACCGUCCCAAAAGUAAUAUCCAAGCAGAGGUGGAGGAGAUGCAGGAAGAGCAGCGCUCUUUGUCUUCGGUUGAGACGGUCUCAGUAAUGCAGCUCCUCAGGGAUCCGUCCGUUCGCUGGCAGCUCGUUACGGUCCUCGUGGUCAAUGCUGGGAUGCAGCUGUCUGGAAUUGAUGCGAUUUGGUUCUACACCAAUGCCAUCUUUGAGAAUGCGGGUAUUGUUGCUCAUCAGAUUCAGUACACGACCGUGGGCACUGGAGCCAUAGAGGUGAUCGCUGGACUCAUAGGGUGCUUUACUAUUGAGCGUGUGGGUAGGAGGCCUCUGAUGAUCGGUGGCUUCAGCUUUAUGGGUGUGUGCUGCGCUGGGAUCACUUUCUCCCUGCUAUUACAGGCUCACGUCCCCUUCAUGCGGUAUGUCAGUGUGGCCUGUGUGGUAGGAAUCAUCGCAGGAUUCUGCAUCGGGCCUGCUGGCGUCCCAUUUCUCAUGACAGGAGAGCUCUUUAAACAAUCCCAUCGACCUUCUGCCUACAUCGUAGGAGGAUCUCUCAACUGGAUAUCAAACUUCACUGUGGGAUUUGUCUUUCCGUUCCUUCAGAUGUCAGCUGGCGCGUUCUGUUAUCUGGUGUUCUGCGGUGUCUGUGUGGGGGUGGCAGCCUACGUUUUCUUCAUCAUCCCUGAAACAAAGAACAAGACCUUCGUGGAGAUCAGUCAGAUGUUCGCUAAAAGAAAUGCUUGCGAUGUUGAAAACACGCCGCUGGCGAUCACUGACCAGCUCAGCCUCAAAAAAAUGAACGGGUAUGGUGCGCUUGUGCCUGGAGAUGUGGACAGACUGGACAGGACAGAGAAAUAGCGGCUGGAGAAAGAAGGCAGUGCUGUUCGUACGCUGUGUUCUGGUGCUAUAACCCGCUCUUCUGUGCACUGCGAAGAUGUGAAGUUUUUACGAAUUAGUCUAUCUUGUGUCAUUAAAUCAAAUACAAAAGAAAGUAGCCCAUAUGACAAGUAUAGAGGUUUUAUUUGCAAGUCUUCUGAAGCCAAGAGAUGGUCUGUGUAGUGAACAGACUGAAUAGAGCAUAUGCGCUGGUUGGGAAUCAACAACUUGCUCGAAUAGUAAGCGAUCGUCACAAGUGUUCAAUAGAUGCCAUAUUUGUUUCAGAACUCUCCUGCUUAUUUUAUGUCAUUAACUGGAUUUUUUUUAAAGAAAGCAUUCAUAUGUCCUCACACAAAGCUUUCGUGUGGCUAAGAAUAUAGAGCACAUGUCACGGACUACAGUACAGUUCAGAAAUGUGGGGUUGGUAAGAUAUUGUUAUGUUCUUGAAAGAGGUCUCUUCUGCUUACCAAGGCUGCAUUCAUUUGACCAAAAAUACACACACACACACAAUAUCAUUUUUUUUCCCCAUUUGAACCUAUUGUAUGGCAGAUUUUUCAGCUGCAUUACGCCAGUCUUAAGUGUCACAUGAUCUUUCAGUAUUUUUAUUACUUUUAUCGGCAGCGUUGCUUGAUCAUUCUUUAAUGAUUAGAAUGUAAGAGCAUUUAUUUGAAAUAGAUUUUUUUGCAACACGGUAAUUGCCUUUACUGUUACUUUUGAUCAAUUCUUUGCAUCCUUGCUGAAUUAAUUUCUCACUCACUUCAAAUAUUUAAACAGCAGUGUACUUUUAUCAUAAGUUGCAUUCAGGUUGCAUUGCAAGUGAACUGUCCCUGUUCUGCGAAUCGCUUUAAAUGAGAAUCCAUCAGCUCAAUGACAAAUAACCAAAGAUCCUGUCAAGUGGAUUUAUAUUCCUCCUACCUGUUGAAACCUGUGUCCUGUCAUAUAUGACAUGGCUAAAAGUAUUAAUGUUGUUGUCCAUGACGAUGUUGUUGAAGUUUAGUCCCAUCAGUAGUUUUAUUUGCAGCCUUAUGAAAUAUAUUUUAAUGGAUUGUAUUUUCCUUAAGUCGUAUUGUUUAUACAGUUCUCUCUCUUAUUUACGUAAGGGAGUAUGUUGUUGGCUACGUUAGUAGUUUUAUUCCAAAAUUAUUAAAUCUAAAUUAUUAAAUAAACUAAAUAAUGGUAACCAAACUAUGACAAAGCGAAUCAAAUAUCUGUAUCUUGUAAGGUAUUGUUUAACAACGACAAUAUGUUGAUUUUAUUUAGUAUAAAUACUCUUUAAAAACUUUUUUGCCAUGCCAUGUGACCCGUUUUAUUCAUAUGUAGUAUGUGUGUUGAUUAAAAACCAUUCAGACUGACACGUUUAGGAAGAAACAGCAGAGGGCGCAGCAGGACAUACAUAUGACCACAAUUUUC